AUGAAUGAAGACUAUCUUCUCGAAUGUAACCAAUUAAUUGACAAUGAUAUUGAAAAUAAUUACAAUGAUUUAUCCGUUAAACUUGAUAACCUUAAUCCUGUUCAAUGUUUUGAUUUAUUAGAUAAAUUAUGUAGUAAAUACUCAUCGACAACAGAAAAUCCUAAACUUGAUGAAUUAAUAUUAAAAUUUAUCGUUCGAUUUCGAAAUAAUGGUGGAUUUUUUCUUGCACUUAAACAACCGCAAAAUCAUCGGCAACAUCUUUUACAACGACUCAAUGAUUUAAUCUUGAUAAACAAAGAAAAUACUGUAAAAACUAAUUUAACACCAACUGAAUUAUAUUAA